CCCAACAUGCCCCCCUCCCGGCCCCUCAGGAGUUCCCCCAGGAAUGCCCGGGCAGCCCCCCGGCGGCCCCCCCAAGCCCUGGCCGGAAGGGACCCAUGGCGAAUGCUGCAGCCCCCACUAGCACACCUCAGAAACUGAUUCCUCCCCAGCCCACCGGCCGGCCCUCGCCAGCCCCGCCGGCGGUGCCACCGGCGGCGUCGCCCGUUAUGCCGCCGCAGACGCAGUCCCCGGGGCAGCCGGCCCAGCCGGCCCCCAUGGUGCAGCUCCACCAGAAGCAGAACCGGAUCACGCCCAUCCAGAAACCCAGAGGGCUCGAUCCGGUGGAAAUCCUGCAGGAGAGGGAGUACAGGCUGCAAGCUCGCAUCGCUCACAGGAUCCAAGAGCUGGAAAACCUUCCCGGCUCCCUGGCCGGCGACCUGAGAACCAAAGCUACCAUUGAACUUAAAGCACUGCGGCUGCUUAAUUUCCAGCGCCAGCUGCGUCAGGAAGUGGUGGUGUGCAUGCGGCGGGACACGGCCUUGGAGACGGCCCUCAACGCCAAGGCGUACAAGCGCAGCAAGCGGCAGUCGCUGCGCGAGGCUCGCAUCACCGAGAAGCUGGAGAAGCAGCAGAAGAUCGAGCAGGAACGCAAACGCAGGCAGAAGCACCAGGAAUACCUCAACAGCAUCCUCCAGCACGCUAAGGAUUUCAAGGAGUACCACCGCUCCGUCACGGGCAAGAUCCAAAAGCUGACCAAGGCGGUGGCUACCUACCACGCCAACACGGAGCGCGAGCAGAAGAAGGAAAACGAGAGGAUUGAGAAGGAGCGGAUGCGCCGUCUGAUGGCUGAGGAUGAGGAGGGGUACCGCAAGCUCAUCGAUCAGAAGAAGGACAAGCGCUUGGCCUACCUGCUGCAGCAGACGGACGAGUACGUAGCCAACCUGACGGAGCUGGUGCGGCAGCACAAGGCUGCGCAGGUGGCCAAGGAGAAGAAGAAGAAGAAGAAAAAGAAGAAGGCAGAGAACGUGGAAGGGCAGACGCCAGCGAUCGGACCAGAUGGCGAACCGCUGGAUGAGACCAGCCAAAUGAGCGAUCUCCCUGUCAAAGUGAUCCACGUGGAGAGCGGCAAGAUCCUGACCGGCACAGAUGCCCCCAAGGCCGGGCAGCUGGAGGCCUGGCUGGAGAUGAACCCUGGAUACGAAGUCGCUCCUCGAUCAGACAGUGAGGAGAGCGGGUCGGAGGAGGAGGAGGAGGAGGAGGAGGAGGAGCAGCCGGCACCGGCUCAGCCUGCCCUGCCUGUGGAGGAGAAAAAAAAAAUCCCGGAUCCAGACAGCGACGACGUCUCUGAAGUGGACGCCAGGCACAUUAUCGAGAACGCGAAGCAAGACGUGGAUGAUGAAUACGGCGUGUCCCAAGCGCUGGCGAGGGGCCUGCAGUCGUACUACGCCGUGGCCCACGCCGUCACCGAGCGGGUGGACAAGCAGUCCACGCUGAUGGUCAACGGGGUCCUCAAGCAGUACCAGAUCAAAGGUUUGGAGUGGCUGGUGUCCUUGUACAACAACAACCUGAACGGCAUCCUGGCCGACGAGAUGGGGCUGGGCAAAACCAUCCAGACCAUCGCGUUAAUCACAUACCUCAUGGAGCACAAGCGGAUCAAUGGCCCCUUCCUCAUUAUAGUACCUCUCUCAACCCUGUCGAAUUGGGCGUACGAGUUUGACAAGUGGGCUCCUUCCGUGGUGAAGGUCUCGUACAAGGGCUCUCCGGCAGCAAGACGGGCGUUCGUACCUCAGCUCCGAAGCGGGAAAUUCAACGUCUUGCUCACUACUUACGAAUAUAUCAUCAAAGACAAGCACAUCCUGGCCAAGAUCCGCUGGAAGUACAUGAUCGUGGACGAGGGCCACCGGAUGAAGAACCACCACUGCAAGCUCACCCAGGUCCUCAACACGCACUACGUGGCCCCGCGCCGCCUGCUGCUGACGGGCACCCCGCUGCAGAACAAGCUGCCCGAGCUCUGGGCGCUGCUCAAUUUCCUCCUGCCUACCAUUUUCAAGAGCUGCAGCACCUUCGAGCAGUGGUUUAACGCUCCUUUUGCCAUGACGGGCGAAAAGGUGGACCUGAACGAAGAAGAAACCAUCCUCAUCAUCCGGCGCCUGCACAAGGUGCUGCGCCCCUUCCUGCUGCGCAGGCUGAAGAAGGAGGUGGAAGCGCAGCUGCCCGAGAAGGUGGAAUACGUGAUCAAGUGCGACAUGUCAGCCCUGCAGCGGGUUCUCUACCGGCACAUGCAGGCCAAGGGCGUGCUGCUCACCGACGGCUCCGAGAAGGACAAAAAGGGUAAAGGCGGCACCAAGACCUUAAUGAACACGAUCAUGCAGCUGCGGAAGAUCUGUAACCACCCCUACAUGUUCCAGCACAUCGAGGAAUCCUUUUCCGAGCACUUGGGGUUCACGGGAGGCAUCGUGCAAGGCCUGGAUUUGUACCGUGCCUCGGGCAAAUUUGAGCUGCUGGACCGAAUCCUGCCCAAACUCCGAGCCACCAACCACAAGGUGCUGCUUUUCUGCCAGAUGACCUCCCUCAUGACCAUCAUGGAAGAUUAUUUUGCUUACCGUGGAUUCAAAUACCUCAGGCUGGACGGAACCACUAAAGCGGAGGACCGGGGCAUGUUGUUAAAGACUUUCAAUGAGCCAGGCUCCGAGUACUUCAUUUUUUUGCUGAGCACUCGGGCCGGCGGGCUGGGUCUGAACCUCCAGUCUGCCGAUACUGUGAUUAUCUUUGACAGCGACUGGAAUCCUCACCAGGACCUGCAGGCGCAAGACCGCGCGCACCGUAUCGGGCAGCAGAACGAAGUGCGCGUCCUCCGGCUCUGCACCGUCAACAGCGUGGAGGAGAAGAUCCUCGCCGCCGCUAAAUACAAGCUGAAUGUUGAUCAGAAGGUUAUCCAAGCCGGCAUGUUUGACCAGAAAUCGUCGAGCCACGAGCGAAGAGCCUUCCUCCAGGCGAUCCUGGAGCACGAGGAGCAGGACGAGGAAGAAGACGAAGUUCCCGACGACGAAACGGUUAACCAGAUGAUUGCGCGGCACGAAGAGGAGUUUGACCUUUUCAUGCGCAUGGACCUGGACCGCAGGCGGGAGGAGGCGCGGAACCCCAAGCGCAAACCGCGCCUGAUGGAGGAGGACGAGCUGCCCUCCUGGAUCAUCAAGGACGACGCCGAGGUGGAGAGGCUGACCUGCGAGGAGGAGGAGGAGAAGAUGUUUGGCCGGGGCUCGCGGCACCGCAAGGAGGUGGACUACAGCGACUCGCUGACGGAGAAGCAGUGGCUCAAGGCGAUCGAGGAGGGCACGCUGGAGGAGAUUGAGGAGGAAGUGCGGCAGAAAAAAUCCUCCCGCAAGCGUAAGCGUGACACGGAGGUGGGCGCCGCCACCCCCACCACCAGCACCCGCAGCCGCGAUAAGGACGAUGAUAGCAAAAAGCAGAAAAAGCGCGGCAGGCCGCCAGCGGAGAAACUCUCCCCCAACCCCCCCAACCUCACCAAAAAAAUGAAGAAGAUCGUGGACGCCGUCAUCAAGUACAAGGACAGCAGUGGACGGCAGCUCAGCGAGGUGUUCAUCCAGCUGCCCUCGCGCAAGGAGCUGCAGUACUACGAGCUCAUCCGCAAGCCCGUCGACUUCAAGAAAAUUAAGGAGCGCAUCCGUAACCACAAGUACCGGAGCCUGAACGACCUGGAGAAGGACGUGAUGCUGCUGUGCCAGAACGCCCAGACCUUCAACCUGGAGGGCUCGCUGAUCUACGAGGACUCCAUCGUCCUGCAGUCCGUCUUCACCAGCGUCAGGCAGAAAAUCGAGAAGGAGGAGGAGAGCGAGGGGGAGGACAGCGAGGAGGAGGAGGAGGGGGAGGAGGAAGGCUCCGAAUCCGAGUCUCGCUCGGUGAAGGUGAAGAUCAAGCUGGGGCGGAAGGAGAAGGCGCAGGAGCGGCUGAAGGGCCGUCGGCGCACCGGCCGCGGCUCCCGCGCCAAGCCCGUGGUCAGCGACGACGACAGCGAGGAGGAGCAGGAGGAGGAUCGCUCCGGCAGCGGCACGGAAGAAGACUAACCCAACAUUCCACGGUUGGGGGUCCUGGCCCCCCACCCUGUGCCCCCCCAGCUCUGGCCAUGCCGUAGUUCCAGCCUCGAGUACAGUGUCUAGAACCUUCCGUAUUUAUACCGGCCCGGCAUCCCCGGCCUCCGUCGUGGCACAAACCAGGGGGGUGGCCGGCAAAACCCCGGUGCCGUGCCGGCUCAUUCCUUCCAGCGGCGUUGCCUGGCCGUAAUUUUAUUUUAUUUUAAUUUUUUUUUAUUAUUAUUUUUUAAAACCACGUGGUGAUGCAUGCGCCUCGCCGGCCGCUCUGGUACCCGCCGGGGAGCGCGGUGCCUCCGCCUGUCGAUGUCACUGGAGUUCGAGCAGUAAUAAAUUAAACCGACGGGA